AUGACCACACCAGUGGCCUUGGAAAGGUUACUCCUCCAAGAUGGAGUUCCUCGCUUGCACACAGCAACCCGGCCCCCACAACUCAAUCCGACAGUCACGGGCCCUCAGUCCCGCUGCGAUCCCUGUAACUCCACCUCAAACGACGACAGCGAGACUGACUUCGAGAUGGUCGAAGCUACUCCGGAACUUGAUGGGAGCGAGAACAACCAGUCGGCAAACAACCCAUCAAUCCUCAGCAACAAUGACGAUAACGAGAAUCUUGACCCCUAUCUCCUUUGUACCUUGUCUUUAAUGGAGGAACAGGAUGACGAGGACGAAUCCUUCCUCCUGGUUGUUUUGUAUCGGCGUGAUGGACAACCUGGCCUAUCUCCACUUCUCGGUGGUGAUCAGAUAUAUUCCUGGAUGCCCGCCACUCCGGAUCCCUACGAUUAUGCCAGCCAAGAUGACAUACAUACUGAACACAGUGACAGUGAACCAUCCAGCCGGGUUAAUUCGGCGAUUUUAAAUCCAUUUAAUUUUGCCGCGCAUCGGAAUGAUCCGGGAGUAAAUAUGAUGUGGUCGAUGUUCAUGUCCACUUCGUCCACCAGAUCUUCGCAUAUGAAUUGCAGUGGAAGGAGUGAGUCGGGAAGUAUUUAUGCAAGGUUCGCUGAGACACACCUCGACGAUGUGAUGGAUGGUCGUAUGGAACGCUGUCCAGAGGUAAUGGAAGUAAUUUAG